UCAUAUUUUUUUGCCAUUAAUUUGGGUGAAUAGAAAUGUGAAUCUCUCACGGCAAAUCUGAAAUCUCAAUAAAAAUGAACUGUUUGAUAGUUAAAUUCAUUUUACAGACAUUAUUUAACAAUGAGCUGUAAUAUCUACAGUCAACAAUGCGGACAAUUCGAGUGCGAGAAUUUCCGCGGAAAAUCAACACAUUCCCUCUGUCAUCAAGUAUUUGAAAACGCGAUUGACCAUUCAGAUUUUAUGCGCGUACGGCCGAGCACGCUGACAAUGACUUCGUAGAUAUUUUCAUGUAAAUUUACCCAUCAAACCGAUUUCUUGAACCUUCAGUACGUAGAUAGCAAGUUAUCAGAAAUAAAUUACAAUACUCGUGAACACCGUUAAAUCAUGUUAAAAAUCGUACGAAAUGAAUUUGAACUGGCAUUACUUUAUUCUGAAAUUGUCAAUUUCUACGCCAGAGAUUCAGAAAUAGAUUGGCCUAAGGUAAAUAUCACGGGGUGCCGGUAACAAAACGGCGACUAUCUCCUUCUAAUCUUCAAUAAACGCAGCCUAUCGAGACCUUAUAAUUUUUUGCGAAACUGUACUAGUAAAAAAAGUGUCGAGUCAAAUCUUUACGGCCAGUGGAAUGUCUUGCGCAUUCAUCUGCAAAUUAGGUCGGGAAAUAAUUACCAAAUUCCGAUGAAACUAUUCGGGAAAUGGGUGACAAGAUUCAUACUUGCUGUAAUUCCAAUACGAGAAGAUAAUAGAAUCACCUCUUGCAGUAAUCGUACGUGACUUGAUUGCGACUACAUGGCCUAUAGCUGUCGGCCAUUGUUACGAUAAACGAUUAGCAGAUCAGUUGCUAUCGCUACCGUACGCACAGUCCCGAGAGGGCUACGCAUGCGCUACGAAUCACAUAGAAGAACCGGUAGGGUUCAAAAUUUUAAAUAAAACCUAGAAUUAAUGAAUACGAAGUUACGGCUGCAAUGAACAGAUACUUGAAACGCAAAAAAGUACUUAAGACAAUGCCAAAGAAGAAAAACCAAAGUUUGAAAGUGAAAAGUGUUAGGUCAACUAUACAAAGUAGCGGCAGACCAACACCACGACCUUAUGAAACUGAAGAAGAAGCAAUAAUUCGACGUUUUCACGAUGCUCAGCGAAUGGCAAGAUUUCGAGCUAAACGAAAAAAAGCCCUGGAACAGAGGGAGAUGCUAGAAUCAUCGGGACUUGCAAGGAUGACUGUUGUAUCGGAGACGAAGAAGAGAAACUUAAUAUUGCAACUAACUGAACCUUUUAUCAUGGUUUCUAAUUCGAAAACAAUUCAAUCUAUGUCUGCAAAAAGGCUUGAACAAAGUCCGACAAUACAUUUACCUUUAGUUCCUGACCAAAGCAAGUACUCCCAACUUCUGAGUGUUAUCGAAGAACUUGGAAAGGACAUUCGACUGACUUAUGCUGGAAGCCGCACUUCUGUUGAACGACUCAAGGUGGGCAUCGUACGUGCCAAAUUAUUAGUCAGAGAUUGCCUAUUAGAGACUGAAGUGAAUUCUAAAUUAUAAUAGGUCAAGACUAUCAAUUUAGAAAAGUAUACACCAUAGUCUCUGUUCCUAAUUUGAUACAAGACCUCUGAGCGUGGAUUGAAGUUAUAAUCAUUAAACCAUUAAGAAGCACUAUGAUGUUACGCAAAUUUCCAAUUAUGCAACAUUUGAAAUGUAUUGAAGUUUAAGUCUGACGUUUCGAUAUCCUAUUUUUAGAAAUGAAAAUGGUAGAACUACUAAAUAUUAAUUAAUUUCUAAGUUUGCAGUGAA